AUGCAUUUCGCAUAUCCCCCCCGCAAGAGUUCAAACCCGCCGCCUUUUCGGCCGAGGUCUUCAAAUAUUCCCUUUUUACGGAGGAGCAGAUUAAAAAAUAUCGCCAUCGGAGCGUUGCUGUUCCUCGGCGUUCUCUACUUUGUCUUUGGUGGCCGAAAGCCAGACCCUUAUCACGAGCAUCUGCCUUCUGGCCAUCCGUCGGUGGUUCUCCUGACGGUGCUGGAUAAUGAGUCGAAUCAAGCAUAUCUGGAUACAAUAAGGGAGAACAGAGAGAAAUAUGCUGCGAGACACGGCUAUCAAGCAAUGGUUGUCAACGCACAAGAGUACAACACCCAAGGAGCACCGAUAUCAUGGGCCAAGAUCUUCGCCAUGCGUCAUGCCCUUUCGAAAUACCCAGACUGCAAAUUCAUCUGGUACCUGGACCAAGACGCCUACAUCAUGGAUCCAACCAAGAGUCUAGAAGACCAGGUCGCAAACCCCAGGAAGCUGGAAAGUCUCAUGAUCAAAGACUACCCCGUUGUCCCGCCCGACAGCAUCAUCAAGACGUUUGCUCAUCUGCGCGGCGAAAGCAUCGACUUCAUCGUCAGCCAGGAUAAGGAGGGCCUCGUGCACAAGAGCGUGAUAAUACGCAAUGGAGAGUGGGCAAAGUUUUUCAUCGAGACGUGGUUCGACCCCUUGUAUAGGAGUUAUAAUUUUCAAAAGGCUGAACGACACGCACUGGAACAUAUUGUCCAAUGGCACCCAACCAUUCUCUCCAAACUCGCUCUCGUUCCCCAACGAACAUUAGCAUCGUACUCACAAUCUACCGUUGGCGAACAAUAUCAAGAUGGCGAUUUUGUGGUGCUCUUUGCAGGCUGCACCAAGACGGGCCAUCAGAGCUGCCAGACAGAGUCAUCACACUACUGGGACAAGAUGAAGAAGGCAUUUGGCAUAGCGUGA